GUUAUCGACAUUGAAGAAGCUUCAGACACGAUAACUCAUUCGACCUUGAACCAACACAGCUAUUGCUUUUCGUGUUUUUUCGAUUUCGUUGGCACGGUGAUAAUUACAAAUCGUUUUUGAAUUGAGAGAUGCUUGACAAAGAUCAUAAUCAUAUGAAGGGCAUUCUUGAUCAAUACGAAGUGAUUAUUCUGUUUUUUCUAACUCAUCAUAGGUUGUUGAAUGUUUGGGAAAAGGAUGUCAAGGGACAUCAUAUAAGUUGAGACGUCGAGAUAAUUCCGAAUAUUUUGUAUUAAAGAUGGUGAGAGAAAAUUUCACAUUCAGAAUCCUGGAAAAAGAUAGAGUGUAGAAGUCUAGACCAUGGAUAUUUAUUGUCAUUUGAAUACAUAAUGAAUCCUGAUCUUUUAGGUGAAUUAGCGAUUGAAUGUCCUCCAGAUGAACUCCCACGAAGACGUUUACCCAGAUACAUUGAAUGGUGUGCUCCUGAAACAAGUCAAUUUGAAUUUACUGAUAAAUCUGAUGUAUGGACUUUGGGAUGUAUAAUCACUAUUCUAAUAUAUAUUAAAUAUUUAUUCAAAAAUAAAGAGAUUUUAGCAGUUGAUCAACUCAAAGCAAAAGAAAAUGUAUUUCACCAUUUAUCGUCUACAGAAGAAUUAGAAACACACAAAGAACUGUUUAGGUUACUUUCUCAAAUGAUGAAAAACAAUCCAUCUGAGCGUAUAAGCUUAAAUGAUCUUUUAGACGAUUUAUAUGUUCAAGUCCUUUUGAAACAUACAAAUCCAGAAUUUAUUAUGAGAGCUAAACGAUGCAUUGUAACAGUAACUGACAAACCGUUCCCAGUGAAUGAUACUAUGGAAGCAAAACUCAAAUAUCUUCAUGUCAAUUGGCAACAUGAGAAUUGUAUUGAGAAAGCUGUUGUUUGGUUUGCAGAAAAUAUUCUAAACGAUAAUCAUAUUAACUUAACACAUAGAUUAUCAUCUCAUUUAUUUCAGCUAAUGUAUUUACAUCAAGCUAAUUUGUCAAUUAUUACAUCAUCUUUAAAGAUAAUAAUUCAUUCAGUUGAAAAUGAACAGUUACAAUCUAUGUUAACAUGUUCAAGACAUCCUUGUGAAGAUGUUAGUAACCGAUCUUUUUCUUCUUCUUCUUCUUCGUCUUCAUCAUCAUCAUCGUCAUCUUUACAUAAACUAUUAAAAGAAAGUAACCACUUUAAAAAGAUUUGUAAAAUAAACAAUUUAUAUCUUGUAUUAAUCAUAAUGCAAAACUAUUUACAACAUGUCAAUGUACAGAGAUUAGGCUUAAAAUUUUUCAAUUCACUUAUCCAUAGAAAUUAUUCUACAUUUAUUAAUUUAAAUAUAAUAAAUGAUUAUUUACAGAUAAAUAAUAAAAUAUUUAAAAAGCUUCAUACCAUUAAUUUAUGUCAUCAUUUGAUUGAAUUAUUAAAUUAUACAACUAAUAAAGAUAUAAUUAAAAUAGGUAUUAGUUAUCUAUGGAAAUUUUGUAUCUAUGAACCGAUUGCUCUACAAGCAGCCGAUAAAGGCGCAUUAUCUAUCACUGUGCAACUAAUGGAGUCUAAUCAUUUUGACAGUGAAAUUUUCGCCAAUGGUUCUAUGAUUAUCGUAUCUUUAUUACGUAUUGAAAAAAUUAAAAGGCAAAUUACAGAAUACAAUAAGUUAAUGUAUAUUCUACUGCAUGGUUUAAUUCAAUUUAAAAAUUUACCAAUAACUAUUUGGAAUAUAUGUCUAUGCUUACAAAUUGUGAUAUCUUUGUCUGAAUAUUUUGCUUUACAAUUUACUGAUGAAAUGGAAGAAGACGAAUCAAAGAACGAGAAGAAAAAUGGAUUUGAUAUAUUAUAUUUAAUUUAUAACAUACAUCCUGAUAAUACAACGAUUACUGAAGCACUACUUAAACCAAUCACAUCACUAAUGAAAUAUGAGUCUUAUAGAUCAUGCAAAGAAUCUGCUAAGCACAAUGGAAAACUGAAAUGGUUGAAGAAUAAACAUUUUAAUUCUGUUUAA